CUAGCUCUUGACAACAGAUUCGGAUGCAGCCUUAGAGUUAAGUUCAGGGCUAGGGUAUACGUCAGUUAUAUCACGUGAGAGGUCACGAUGAAAACACCUGACUUAAUCAUUGCUCCUUCAUGUCAUUGUCACCGCGUCGCCAAACUAAACGUGAGAGUGAUACGAUGCCAUUAUGACAUGCAGCUGAAGUUCAUCAGCUGUAAACCGACUUUUAACGCUGAACUUUGUUUUCUGUAAAACAAUCUUCCGUCUCGUGAUACGGAGAUUCCCUUUUGUGUUGUGGAAAUCAAGAAGUACAUGUAGGCGUACUUGUAAGACCUAUGACUCAAUCGCUAUGAGCAGGCCCAUUAACGAAAGUAGCGGCAGUGGGAACGGUACACGAAUUAAAUCUUGGUUACGGAAAGAAGCAGACAUGAAGAGGGCAGGUGCACAAGAACACUCCCCUUUGCUUCGUUACCGACUGGACAGUCAUGACAGGGGUGUGGAGAAUGUGGCAGAGACAAGCAGUGCAGUUAUUCACACCCGGUCCAACACCCAGCAGCGACAUCUUACCACCUUUUUUGGAGUCUUUGUACCGUGUGUGCUUUCUAUGUUCAGUGUGAUUCUGUUCUUGCGCGUUGGCUAUGCAGUGGGUGAGAGCGGACUUUUACAGACACUUGCCAUGUUUGCCUUGGGUUACUUCAUUGUACUCCUUACUGUUCUGUCUAUUUGUGCCAUCUCCACCAAUGGAGCUAUACAAGGAGGUGGAGCUUAUUUCAUGAUCAGUCGAGCUCUUGGUCCAGAGUUUGGUGGCAGUAUAGGAGUCAUGUUCUUUAUUGCCAAUGUUUUCUCAUCUGCUUUGUACUGCAUUGGCUUUGUUGAAGCCAUCAUAGACAACUUUGGGACUGGAGGAGCUUUGUUACUAUCUGGUGGUGGAAUACCAAUUGAUGGUUGGUGGUCCUUCCUCUAUUCCUCCAUUGUGCUACUCUUUUGCCUUGUUGUCUGCCUCAUUGGGGCAGGGAUGUUUGCUCGCACCUCCUUCUUCAUAUUCCUUGUGGUCAUGGCAGCUCUCAUCACAGUCUUAGUCAGUUUUUUUACCAAAACUGAGUUCGAGGUACAUUUCCCUCGUAACAAUCAGCUGAACCCAAAUGGGUCUGCUAACUACACAGGUUUCAAGUGGGAAACACUUCAGAGCAACUUGUAUGGUAAAUUGAUGCCAGAUUAUACCACAUUACUUGAUGUUAAUUUCCUCGUCGUGUUUGCUGUAUUGUUUAAUGGCUGCACAGGCAUAAUGGCCGGGGCUAACAUGUCAGGUGAACUGAAGAAUCCAGGGAAGUCAAUUCCACUUGGAACUUUGGGAGCCUGUCUCUUCACUGGUCUGAUAUAUGCCUUGAUUGCAUUCUUUGUCAGUGCAACCUGCUCACAAGAAUUGCUAUUGAACAAUUAUGGCUUUCUUCAACAAAUCAACAUCUUCCCUCAUGGAGUUGUGAUUGGAAUUCUUGUUGUGUCACUCUCAGCAGCUCUGACAACCCUCAUCGGGGCAUCGAGGGUCUUACAUGCCAUAGCCAAAGAUGGCGUAUUUGGUUUGCUUCUAAUGCCAGUAUACAGGGGUGUCACAGCCAGUGGGAACCCCAUUGUGGCAGUGCUUAUGUCCUGGGUCUUAGUUCAGCUUGUUCUGCUCAUGAGAUCUCUGAAUGCUAUUGCUCCACUUGUCACAGUGUUUUUUCUGCUCUCCUAUGCUGCCACAAACCUGGCUUGUAUGGCCAUGGAUGUUGCUUCAGCUCCAAAUUUUCGACCAUCAUUCCGGUAUUUCUCCUGGCACACUUCUCUCCUUGGUAUCAUCUGCUGCCUAGUCAUGAUGUUCCUGAUCAAUCCCAUUUGGGGUGCUGUCAGCAUUGCUGUCUUCAUCGUACUCUUCCUCAUCAACUCCUUCCGCAUCAGUGAAUCUGAGUGGGGCUACAUCACACAGGCACUGAUAUUCCAUCAGGUGCGUAAGUAUCUUCUGCGACUGGAUGUGAGGAAGGACCAUGUCAAGUUCUGGCGGCCUCAGAUGCUUCUCCUGGUUGCCAAUCCCCGUUCCUGCUGUGAACUGAUACGAUUCGUCAAUGACAUGAAGAAGAGUGGACUGUACGUCCUAGGUCAUGUUAAAAAAGGUGCACUGGAUGACACCUAUGAUGAUCCUGUGCAGAGUGAAUACCCAGCAUGGAUUGUCCUUGUGGAGAAACUCAAGGUCAAAGCUUUCAUAGAGCUUACGCUGGCACCAACUAUACGAGAAGGGGCACAGCAUCUCAUAAGGAUAUCAGGACUUGGAGGGAUGAAACCAAACACAACAAUCAUUGGUUUCUAUGACAGUGCCCCCUCCAAAGACUCCUUCCAGAAAUGUCACAUUACAGGUCAGUGCACAUCUUAUGGGAUAACAGAGGAUUCUGGGAUUGACGAGGAAAGGGGCCUCCUUACGAAUGCCUUUGAUCCUCUACGGCCUUCCAACAGCACAAACCGAUUGACCGUGAAUGAGUAUGUCAUGAUCAUCAGUGACAGUAUCCGGUUGAAGAAGAAUGUCUGCCUGGCACGCCACUUCAACAAGUUUGACCGGGAUGCACUGGCUGCCAGCAAGGAGCCUGGAUAUGUGGAUGUCUGGCCCAUCAAUUUUUUCAAGCCUGAAACAAGUGGGUACCUUGACACAGCCUGCAUCUUCCUCCUCCAGCUAGCCUGUGUGCUGCACAUGGUGCCAGUCUGGCGCAAGCAUACCCUUCUGCGAGUCUUCCUCUGUACUAGUGAGGAGGAGGAGGCAGCUGUGAUCCAACACCGACGGGAGAAGCUGGAGAGCUUCUUGAGUGAUGUUCGCAUCAAGGCCCAGAUUGUCAUGGUCAGUAAGCAGAAUGUCAACCCACUAGCCAUCCUGAGGGAUGACUCCCUCCCGAGUACUGACCAUGGCCGUGCACAGCUGGUCUACUCCCAGGUAUCAGAUAGCUACAUACAGGGAGUAAAUGACAUGAUCAGAGAGCAAUCCGCCAAGACAGUUGUAGCAUUUUGCUACUUACCCUUACCGCCUACUGACAGCUUACAACAGGCUGAUUACAUCAGGCAUCUUGAUGCCCUGACCUUUAACUUACCCCCAACUGUUCUUGUUCAUGGUAUACAAGAAGUGGCCUGCACAGCAUUAUAACUGCUCUUUGAUUUUGAAAGAACUCUUACAAGUUACUAAUAUAGUAAACUCUCAAACCUUGUAGUCACAUAACUUGAAACUCUGUUUAUAUCCAAGUCAUACAUGUAGCUCAUUCUCAUCAAGUUUCCAGUUGGUUUCCCCUGCCUUAUCCUGUUGGAGCUAUUCCAAGGUGUACAUGUAGGUUGUUUACGCUCAAGAUUGAAAAACAUUUUCAUGAGACAUCACUACCAAAUGCGCUUUGUUUUGUUUCACGUUGGGGUAAUUCGUAUGCUACCCCUGCUAUUGCACAAGUCACAAUGGCCAACUUUUAACAAUGAUUUUGCACUUUGAAUUAAUUUGACUGGUACCACUUACCCAAUUUGUAUUCUGUGUUCAAUUGUUUGCUCUUGCUGAUAGCCGUUUGGCUGCACUGGACACAUGAAGUAAAUUUUGUAUGCCUGAUCUGUGAGUUAGCCUGAUUGCUGUUACUGGUAUGAGGAUUUGGGACCAACACUAACACACCAUAAAAAAAUAAAUGUUAAAAUUCCUGCCUUUUUGUGUAUGUUCAUUUCCUUUCAUGUUUCACCUUUCAAGUAGUCCUCACUGGAGGUAGAAUCGCGAAAUGAAUUUACGUUUUCCUUGAGUCCUCACUUCAAAAUUGCAUGUUACAUGCACUAUGGUUACACCAGUUCCUGGUUGUAAAAGGU